AUGUCAGGCAGAGGCAAAGGCGGAAAGGGGCUCGGGAAAGGAGGCGCUAAGCGUCACAGGAAGGUGCUGCGGGACAACAUCCAGGGCAUCACAAAGCCUGCCAUCCGCCGUCUGGCACGGAGAGGAGGCGUGAAGCGCAUCUCUGGUCUCAUCUAUGAGGAGACCCGCGGGGUGCUGAAAGUGUUUCUAGAGAAUGUGAUCCGGGACGCCGUCACUUACACCGAGCACGCCAAGAGGAAGACUGUCACCGCCAUGGAUGUGGUCUAUGCUCUCAAGCGCCAGGGACGCACCCUAACGUCAGCUCUCCAUCCAUUCAUUCUACAGACGUUAGAGAUGGCCAGGACCAAGCAAACAGCGCGUAAGUCCACUGGCGGCAAAGCUCCCCGCAAGCAGCUGGCGACCAAAGCCGCCCGGAAGAGCGCCCCAGCUACCGGCGGUGUAAAGAAGCCUCACCGUUACCGACCCGGGACCGUUGCUCUUCGGGAGAUCCGCCGCUACCAGAAGUCCACUGAGCUGCUGAUCCGCAAGCUGCCCUUCCAGCGUCUGGUGCGUGAGAUCGCCCAGGACUUCAAGACUGACCUGCGCUUCCAGAGCUCCGCCGUCAUGGCCCUGCAAGAGGCCAGCGAGGCUUAUCUGGUGGGGCUCUUCGAGGACACCAACCUGUGCGCCAUCCACGCCAAGAGGAUGUCAGGAAGAGGCAAAGGUGGUAAGGGACUCGGGAAAGGAGGCGCUAAGCGCCACAGGAAGGUGCUGCGGGACAACAUCCAGGGCAUCACGAAGCCUGCCAUUCGCCGUCUCGCUCGCAGAGGUGGCGUGAAGCGCAUUUCUGGCCUCAUCUACGAGGAGACCCGUGGGGUGCUGAAGGUCUUUCUAGAGAAUGUGAUCCGGGACGCCGUCACUUACACCGAGCACGCCAAGAGGAAGACUGUCACAGCUAUGGAUGUGGUCUAUGCUCUCAAGCGCCAGGGCCGCACUCUGUAUGGUUUUGGAGGUUAAGAUCUGGCUCCUCUCUGGCUGAUCUCCUUUCC